CGGAGAACGGAGGACGCCCAGCGCUGCGGUCGAGGCCAGCCGAGCAGAGGCGCGGGGCAGGAUCGGCUCUCCCUUCCUCUAGUUGCCCGAUCGGUAUUUCCCAAAGAUGGCGGCCGUUGGCUUAAUGUUGUCCUGCACUCGCCCCUUGGCACCUUUACUUAGGCCAGGCGUUCCAAAGAUGAGCCCGUCCCAAUUGCAUACCACGGCUGGGUGUGCUUCCAAAGAUUAUUAUGAAGUGCUUGUGCUAGGCGGAGGUACCGGUGGAAUCUCUAUGAGCGCCCGGAUGAAGCGGAAAGUGGGAGCUGGAAAUGUGGCUGUCGUAGAACCACACGAGAAACAUUAUUAUCAGCCACUGUGGACUUUGGUUGGGGCCGGGGCCAAGCAGCUGGCAGCGUCUUCACGUGCGACAGCAAAUGUGAUUCCUCCUGGCAUCAAGUGGAUCCAGUGCAGAGUUCAAAAGCUGGAUCCAGAUAAGAACUGUGUCUACUUGGAGAACAACCAAAAGAUAUCGUACAAGUAUUUGAUCAUUGCUCUUGGCCUGCAGCUGCGUUAUGAAAAGAUCAAAGGCUUGCCUGAAGGUUUUAACUACCCUAAAAUAGGUUCCAAUUAUUCCGUUCACACAGUAGAGAAAACGUGGAAAGCUCUACAAGACUUCAAGGAAGGAAAUGCCAUUUUCACCUUUCCAAAUACUCCCGUGAAAUGUGCAGGCGCACCUCAAAAGAUCAUGUACUUGUCAGAGGCAUACUGGAGAAAGACUGGAAAACGAUCCAAAGCCAACAUAAUCUUCAAUACGUCGCUCGGCGUUAUAUUUGGUGUCGAGAAAUAUGCAGACUCUCUGCUCGAGAUAAUCAAAUCAAGGAACAUUACAGUUAACUACCGACAUAACCUCGUAGAAGUUCGAGCUGAUAAACAGGAAGCUGUCUUUGAGAACUUGGACAAACCUGGAGCGACGGAGGUAUAUCAGUACGGAAUGCUUCACGUGACGCCACCCAUGGGACCACCCGAUGUACUCCUGGACAGUCCAGUUUCCGAUGCUGCUGGCUGGGUUGACGUGGAUAAGGAGACGUUGCAACAUAAAAAAUAUCCAAACGUGUUUGGGAUUGGCGACUGCACUAAUCUCCCUACUUCAAAGACAGCGGCAGCUAUAGCUGGCCAGUCUGGAGUACUUGAUAAAACCAUUUCUUCCAUAAUGAAGGGCAAAACCCCAACGAAGAAGUAUGAUGGCUACACAUCCUGUCCACUGGUAACGAGCUAUAACAGAGCAAUCCUUGCAGAGUUUGACUACAAUGCGCAGCCUUUAGAAACAUUCCCCAUUGACCAGAGCAAGGAACGUCUGACAAGUUUUUACAUGAAAGCCAACAUGAUGCCUUUCCUUUACUGGCACGGGCUACUGAAGGGGUUCUGGGGAGGUCCUGCUCCAAUAAGGAAACUGCUACACCUGGGCUUAAAGUAGUCCUCAUUUGUUCCAUGUUUCAAUGACCAACCAGCCCAGCAUACCUGAACAGGCACCACAGCUUUCAGGAAGCAUUCCAGGAGAUAAUUCAUUUACCCCCUUCUGUAUAAAUAAAAAAAAGCUUUUGUGCAGGAA